GCCGUCGAAGCAGCAGCGCCCCGCGCUGCAAGCGCCCGAUUGCUUUGUGGGCUGUGCCUGCCUUGCGAGUCCCUGCCGCGUCGCAGUCUCCGCGCCACCUUUGUAGCUGCCUUCACGACCCCGAGGUGCCAUGGCGAGAAAGUGGAGUGGGCGUAUUGUGGCCCGAGCUCUGGUCCUGGCCACUCUGUGGCUGGCCGUGUCUGGGCGUCCCCUGGUCCAGCAAUCCCAGUCUGUGUCGGAUGAAGGUCCACUCUUUCUCUAUGGCUGGGGCAAGAUUACCCGCCUGCAGUACCUGUACUCUGCUGGUCCCUACGUCUCCAACUGCUUCCUGCGUAUCCGGAGUGACGGCUCUGUGGACUGCGAGGAGGACCAGAACGAACGAAAUCUGUUGGAGUUCCGCGCGGUUGCUCUGAAGACAAUUGCCAUCAAGGACGUCAGCAGCGUGCGGUACCUCUGCAUGAGCGCCGACGGCAAGAUAUACGGGCUGAUUCGCUACUCGGAGGAAGACUGUACCUUCAGGGAGGAAAUGGACUGUUUGGGCUACAACCAGUACAGGUCCAUGAAGCACCACCUCCACAUCAUCUUCAUCAAGGCCAAGCCCAGAGAGCAGCUCCAGGGCCAGAAACCUUCAAACUUUAUCCCCAUAUUUCACCGGUCUUUCUUUGAAUCCACGGACCAGCUGAGGUCUAAAAUGUUCUCUCUGCCCCUGGAGAGCGACAGCAUGGAUCCGUUCAGAAUGGUGGAGGAUGUGGACCACCUAGUGAAGAGUCCCAGCUUCCAGAAAUGAUGGGGUUCUGACAGGAUGGAGAAAAUCCCCAAGAUCCUGUGUGCGUACCCUUAGGGGAGCUGUACAUAGUCUUACACGGACCCUGUCGUGUUAGUGGCUAGACUUGAUCAUGAGCCUAAGUUGACAACCUGCCUGGCUGCCAUCCGAGCCCCACUGACUUUGGAGGUUGCCGACAUGUGCCUAGGUUACUCCAGUUCUGUUUGAUUAUCUCCACUAAUGGGGAACUCACUCCUGUGAAACAUUCUUACUUUUGAGCCAAAUCGGUGACUUGGAUGGUUUUAAGAUGGCAGUCAGAGGAUAUGAAGUCUAAUGACAAAAUUCAUGUAGAGAAAGUGGGCUCUGAAGUAAAUGUUCACUAUAUGGACCUUGUGGGAUCUUAACUUGCCCCCCAAGUGUCUCCUGGCUAAUGGGGGCCACAAAGGGUAGCCUAGAAAACCUUGGGAGCCUUGUAGGAUGGUUUUAGGAUUAAGAAUUCCAGCUGACCACAUAUGUAGCUUCCCCUUCCCCCACUUGUAAGUCAGAUGGAAAUGACCCUUAGCCAGGCUCAAGAGUGAGUGGACUCCUCGGCUGAAUGCAUAGCCAAGUUGUCACUUGUGCCCUAAGAGCGUAUCUUGGUCCUGGGACUCCAGAUUUCCAGGGCCUGGAUCUGCUCCUCAGACCCUUCCCAGAGUUCACCUGGGCCCUCCAACCCCAGAGCAGGUAGCUUAUGGGCCAUCCACUUGUGUCCCCAGCUCCUGGCUCUUAGCCCUGGUCACCAAACAUUGUGAUUCCAUGUGUCUCUGCUGCCUGUGUUAACCUGUACCCCUCAUAAACAAGCGACAGGAAUAGGAAGCCCCAAAUUCUGCAGGGGAGCUGUGAAGUCCUUUCCCCCUCACCCACCUCCCACCCCCCACCCCCGCACUUACUUGGCAGCGUGAUAUUUGUAAGUAAUUUAUUGUGUGUGCGUCUUCUAUUUUCUUACUUUAUUUAUGCCCCAGAUCAUAUUUAUGUACAUGACUUGUUUUCUACAUUAAAAAGGAGUUGGUUUGUAUCAAAA